UUCGCGCAUCCCUUGCAAGUGGCAACCGAAUUCAUUUCAUUGUUGUUAUCUCCAUAACCUGAGACAGACCUGCUAUCGCUCUGAUGUCAAUGGAGAAAUCCGGGUACGGCCGUGACGGCAUUUACAGGUCUCUGAGGCCGACUCUGGUACUUCCCAAGGACCCCAAUAUCUCCAUGGUAUCUUUCCUCUUCAGAAACUGCUCUUCUUAUCCUCAUAAACCCGCCCUCAUCGACGCCGAUACCGCCACCACAUGGUCCUUCACCGAGUUCAAAUCCAUGGUCAUCAGAAUCUCCCAUGCCUUUCUCAAACUGGGUAUAUCCAAACACGAUGUCGUUCUCAUCUUCACCCCCAAUUCGAUUCAGUACCCGGUCUGUUUCCUCGCCGUCACCGUGAUCGGCGCCAUUGCCACCACUGCCAACCCUGUCUACACUACCAACGAGCUCUCCAAGCAAGUGAAGGACUCCAAUCCCAAGCUUGUAAUUACAGUCCCGGAAUUAUUCGACAAAGUCGAACAAUUCAAUCUCCCAACCGUGUUUUUGGGCCCUAAAGAAUCUCCUCGUGGUGUAUUUCCUUCAAAAAUCAGGACUUUUUAUGAUCUGUUGGACUUGGCUGGUUCGGUGUCUGAUUUCCCUGUUUGUAAUGUGAAGCAGACUGAUACGGCCGCACUCUUGUACUCGUCGGGCACCACUGGAACAAGCAAGGGUGUGGUGUUGACGCACGGGAAUUUCAUUGCAGCAUCAUUGAUGGUCACUAUGGACCAAGAAAUGUCAGGCGAGAUGCACCAUGUUUUUCUCUGUGUUCUGCCCAUGUUUCAUGUGUUUGGCCUGUCGAUCAUAACCUAUGCACAGUUGCAAAAGGGCAAUGCGCUGGUGUCGUUGGGGAAGUUUGAUUUCGAGAUGGUUUUGAAGACUGUGGAGAGGUAUAAGGUAACCAAUUUGUGGAUUGUGCCUCCGAUUGUGCUUGCUCUGGCUAAACAGAGUGUGGUGAAGAAGUUCGACCUUUCUUCUUUGAAACAAAUCGGUUCGGGUGCGGCUCCUCUGGGGAAAGAUUUGAUGGAGGAGUGUGCCAAGAAUCUUCCUACUGCCACUGUUAUUCAGGGCUAUGGUAUGACAGAAACUUGUGGCAUUGUUUCGUUAGAGAAUCCAAAAGUUGGUACUCGACAUACUGGCUCUGCUGGAACACUUUCUCCUGCAGUGGAGGCUCAAAUUGUCAAUGUAGAUACUCUAAAGCCUCUUCCUCCUGAUCAGUUGGGGGAAAUAUGGGUUCGAGGUCCUAAUAUGAUGAAAGGUUAUUUCAACAACCCUCAAGCCACGAAGUUGACAAUAGAUAACCAGGGAUGGGUACAUACAGGAGAUCUUGGUUAUUUUGAUGGGGAAGGAAGCUUGUUUGUCGUCGACCGAAUUAAAGAGCUCAUCAAGUACAAAGGCUUUCAGGUUGCUCCAGCAGAGCUUGAGGGCUUGCUUGUUUCCCACCAUGAAAUACUAGAUGCUGUUGUAAUCCCAUUUCCUGAUGUGGAAGCUGGUGAAGUUCCAAUUGCAUACGUUGUUCGGUCGCCUAAUAGUUCUCUGACCGAAGAAGAUGUUCAGAAGUUUAUCGCAGAUCAGGUUGCACCGUUCAAGAGAUUACGAAGGGUGACGUUUGUAAAUAGUGUCCCCAAGUCGGCUUCUGGAAAAAUACUCAGGAGGGAGCUAAUUCAGAAAGUGCGAUCGAAAAUCUGAUUACGAUAUCGUCGAUCCCUUCUGGAGAAAAAUACUCAAGACUGAUGCAUUUGAGACUGCCAGAUGCCUCGAAUAAUAAUUAUUUACAUUACAGUGUUCAGUGUUGUGUAUAUCUUCUUGGAUUCAAUCUAGCACUUAUCCAUACAUACUUUAAUUUAAUAUCUUA